GGCAGGCCGGGGCGGGGGUUGAGGCAGCUAACCUCCGGGCGGACGCCGAGUACAUCGCUUUUCGCGGGGUUGCUAAGCUGAACUUUGAAUUUUAGUUUGACUUUUGGGUUCCAGAUACGGGUAUUUCCGGACAUUGGCAAGAAUUUUGCCUUGCGUGUCUUCGGAGGCGUUUUUCUUGGUGUCCAUAUUGCAUAAAGGCUGGUCGCUCCUCUGUGGAGAUGACGGUUUUACAGUACUGUAAGAUUGAUGUUAAAGGCAUGGUGUUCACCCCACUUCAUCAGCGUACAUAAGUUAUCUCUUCUUUUGGAUCCUUAUUUUAUGCCAUAAUGCAACAAGCUUUAGAACUAGCUUUGGAUCGUGCAGAGUAUGUCAUUGAAAGUGCCCGACAGAGACCUCCUAAAAGGAAAUACCUAUCAAGUGGAAGAAAAUCUGUGUUUCAAAAACUUUAUGACCUGUAUAUUGAAGAAUGUGAAAAAGAACCUGAGGUUAAGCAGAAAUUAAGAAGAAAUGUGAACUUGUUAGAGAAGCUUGUUAUGCAAGAGACUUUGUCUUGUUUAGUGGUCAAUCUGUACCCAGGAAAUGAGGGAUAUUCUCUGAUGCUCAGGGGAAAAAACGGAUCAGAUUCUGAGACCAUUCGACUGCCCUAUGAAGAAGGAGAGUUGCUUGAAUAUUUGGAUGCAGAAGAAUUACCUCCUAUUUUGGUCGAUCUCCUAGAAAAAUCUCAGGUUAAUAUUUUUCAUUGCGGAUGUGUCAUAGCAGAAAUACGUGACUACAGGCAGUCCAGUAACAUGAAAUCUCCUGGUUACCAAAGUCGGCACAUUCUCUUACGUCCAACAAUGCAGACUUUAAUUUGUGAUGUACAUUCAAUAACAAGUGAUAACCAUAAAUGGACCCAGGAAGACAAACUUCUGCUUGAGAGCCAGCUCAUCCUAGCUACAGCUGAACCACUCUGUCUUGAUCCUUCUAUAGCAGUCACCUGCACUGCAAACAGACUGCUCUAUAACAAGCAAAAGAUGAACACUCGCCCAAUGAAACGGUGUUUCAAGAGGUAUUCCAGAUCCUCUCUGAAUCGGCAGCAAGAUCUGUCUCAUUGUCCACCUCCUCCUCAGCUGAGGUUACUUGAUUUCUUACAAAAAAGAAAGGAAAGAAAAGCAGGUCAGCAUUAUGACCUCAAAAUUUCUAAAGCAGGAAAUUGUGUAGAUAUGUGGAAACGGAGUCCCUGUAAUUUGGCCAUACCUUCUGAAGUAGAUGUGGAGAAAUAUGCUAAAGUAGAAAAGUCUAUCAAAUCUGAUGACUCACAGCCAACAGUCUGGCCAGCCCAUGACGUAAAAGAUGAUUAUGUAUUUGAAUGUGAAACUGGUACUCAGUAUCAGAAAACAAAGCUGACCAUCUUGCAGUCGCUUGGAGAUCCACUUUACUAUGGUAAAAUACAGCCAUGUAAAGCAGAUGAAGAAAGUGACAGCCAGAUGUCUCCAUCACACUCCUCCACAGAUGAUCAUUCAAAUUGGUUCGUUAUUGGAUCAAAGACCGAUGCCGAGAGGGUAGUCAAUCAGUACCAAGAAUUAGUCCAGAAUGAAGCCAAAUGUCCGGUCAAGAUGUCACACAGCUCCAGUGGCUCAGCCAGUCUGAGUCAGGUUUCUCCAGGGAAAGAAACAGAACAAACUGAAACUGUGUCAGUUCAGUCUUCAGUAUUGGGGAAGGGCGUAAAACAUCGACCCCCGCCAAUCAAACUGCCCUCAAGCUCAGGAAAUAGUUCCUCAGGUAACUAUUUUACACCACAACAGACAAGCAGCUUUCUCAAAUCUCCAACUCCUCCUCCUUCUUCGAAGCCAUCAAGUAUUCCUCGGAAAUCAUCUGUGGAUCUCAAUCAAGUUAGCAUGCUUUCUCCAGCUGCCCUAUCACCUGCCAGCUCAUCACAAAGAUCUGGAACUCCUAAGCCAUCUACUCCUACACCAACCCCUUCAUCGACCCCACACCCUCCUGAUGCUCAGAGCUCAACUCCUAGUACCCCUUCAGCUACCCCUACUCCCCAAGAUUCAGGCUUCACCCCUCAGCCCACUUUGUUAACUCAGUUUGCUCAGCAGCAAAGGUCUCUGAGCCAGGCAAUGCCUGUAACAACCAUUCCUCUUUCCACCAUGGUAACAUCUAUAACUCCAGGAACCACGGCCACCCAGGUCAUGGCAAACUCUGCUGGACUUAACUUCAUCAAUGUAGUGGGCUCUGUUUGUGGGGCCCAGGCUUUGAUGAGUGGUUCAAACCCCAUGCUGGGCUGUAACACAGGUGCCAUAACUCCUGCAGGAAUAAACCUGAGCGGCCUUCUACCCUCAGGAGGUCUGCUACCAAAUGCAUUGCCCAGUGCAAUGCAGGCAGCUUCUCAAGCAGGUGUUCCAUUUGGUUUAAAAAAUACUUCAAGUCUCAGGCCCUUAAAUCUACUCCAGCUUCCAGGUGGUUCACUUAUUUUUAACACUCUGCAGCAGCAGCAACAGCAGCUCUCCCAGUUUACACCACAACAACCUCAGCAGCCCACAACUGCUAGUCCUCAACAGCCAGGGGAGCAGGGUUCUGAACAAGGUUCAACCAGUCAAGAACAGGCCUUAUCUGCUCAGCAAGCUGCUGUUAUUAACCUUACUGGAGUAGGAAGUUUUAUGCAGUCACAGGCAGCUGUGUUGUCUCAGCUUGGCUCUGCCGAGAACAGACCUGAGCAAAGCCUUCCUCAGCAGAGAUUCCAGCUCUCCUCUGCCUUUCAACAGCAGCAGCAACAGAUACAACAGUUGCGAUUCUUGCAGCAUCAAAUGGCUAUGGCAGCAGCAGCAGCACAAACAGCUCAGCUACACCGUCAUCGGCAUACAGGCAGCCAGUCAAAAAGUAAAAUGAAGAGAGGCACGCCAACCACUCCAAAAUUCUGAGUCUUGCAUUAUUUUUUGUUCCUUUUUUAAAAACACAAGAGCAUUGAAUCAAAAGGAUUGAGUUUCUACUUUUUGUUUUUUUAAUGUGUCAGUAUUUUACAUUGCUAGAUGUACAAACUUUAUACAGAAGCACAACCUUAUCAUUUUUAAAUAAAAACAGGGAAAUGGUUUAACAAA